AUGUCCCUUAACGGCUUACCUUCUACAUUCCUCUUCGUCUACGAGUACCGGCAAAAAGAACUCCUGGGCGUUUACCUAGGAGCCACCUAA